AACUUAAAAAAUCCUAAUUUUAUUAACUGUUGAAACUAGGGAAUCCCCUAAAAUUGAAUAGCAUAUUUAUUUAUAUAUUGGUAGAAGUGACAGAUGAACUACAAUUUCCAGAACGCUUAAACGAUUUAAAUAAAUACUCGAGGCCGAACCUGUUAGUGUUCAUCCUUCUUCUGAUAACAGAGAACAACUUCCUCCAGUAGCUGGUAAAAUUAAUGGUCGCCAAAGGAGAUUUAAUAGAGAUGUCGCAAAAAUAUUUGCAUGUAGUAUUACUGAUGUGGGGUGUUGUACUUGUCGAGGGUAUAAAAGUGCCGGUUGAUUUUAAAUUUGGAACUGCGACUGCCUCUUAUCAGGUCGAAGGCGGUUGGAAUGCAAGUGGUAAAGGUGAAAACAUUUGGGACCGUCUAACUCACACGCACCCCGAACUAAUCACAGAUCAUUCCACCGGCGAUAUAUCUUGCGACUCCUACAACAAAUGGAAAGAAGACGUUCAAAUACUGAAAAAAGUAGGCGUCGACUUCUAUCGUUUCUCCUUAUCUUGGUCUAGAAUCCUACCAACAGGUUUUACUAACAAAAUCAACCCUGAUGGCCUUCGUUACUACAAUGAUCUUAUUAACGAACUUCUCAAAAACAACAUCGAACCAAUGGUGACGAUUUAUCACUGGGAUUUACCUCAACCCAUUCAAGAUCUGGGCGGAUGGACGAAUGCGCAAACGGCUGUUUACUUAGAAGACUUCGCUAGAGUGGUUUUCGAUAAUUUCGGAGACAGAGUCAAGAAGUGGAUUACCAUAAACGAGCCUGCGAGCAUUUGUGAAGGGGUUUAUGGAAAUUCCGACGGUGCUCCAGAUGUAAAGUCGCCUGGAAUUGGGGAUUAUUUAUGUGGAAAAAGUAUUUUGUUGGCCCACGCCCGUAUCUAUCAUUUGUACAAUAGUAAAUACAGAUCAGAACAAAAAGGCAAAGUUGGUAUAACUAUAGAUUCUAUUUGGGCUGAACCUAAAACAAACUCAAGUGUUGAUAUUGCUGCAGCCGAAAGAGAAAUGCAAAUGGGAUUGGGCUGGUGGAUGAAUCCCAUAUUUACAAAAAAUGGAGAUUAUCCAUUAGUGAUGAAAUCUAGAAUUGGUAGUAUAAGCAAGGUUGAAAAUUUUUCCGAAUCAAGACUAGUACCUUUGUAUAAAAAGGAUAUCAAGUUUAUUAGAGGAACUGCCGAUUUUUUGGGUUUGAAUCACUACCACACCUGGUUAGUCAGCAAUCAUGAAUAUCCAGUUGAUGCACCAACAUCUUAUAAUAAAGACAAAGGCACAGCAAUGGAGAAGGAUCCUAACUGGAAACCCUCUCCGACCAUUGUUCCGUGGGGUUUGAGAAAGUUACUUAAUUGGGUUAAGAAGGAAUAUGACAAUCCUUUGGUUUACAUCACUGAAACAGGUUAUCCAGAUGGUGGCAACAUGAAUGAUGUUGACAGGGCUACUUAUAUUAAAACUUACGCAGCGGCAGCUGUUCAAGCUGUAACAAUUGAUGGUUGUAAUGUUAAAGGUUUUACUGUUUGGAGUAUAAUGGACAAUAUGGAGUGGCGUGCAGGCUAUACAGUUAAAUUUGGAAUAUAUCAUGUUGAUUUUAAUAGUCCAAAUAGGACUAGGACUGCGAAGCUAUCGGCAAAAACAUAUACAGAUAUUAUUAAAAGAAGGAGCAUUCCAGAUAACUAAUAUUGAUAUUUAAACUAAUAAAUUUCAAUAAUUUUUGUUUGACAAUAUAAUAUAAAUAAAUUUAUUUGAAACAA